AAUAUCGUGACGAUGUUGAAACAUUCGAUAAAAAUAUCGAAAUUAAACAAUUUAAAGACAUUUAUUAAAUUGGGUAUUUUACCCGAAACGAAACAUACAUAUCGAAAUGCACUUUGGUGUCGAAUGUGCAGCAAGUCGGUGCGAGAGUCAAGCGAAUCUUCAUCAACGGUGCAGGACGCUAGAGGUCACGAUGUAGAACGAUCUCAAAAGAACAGCACCAAACGAUUGAAAAAUGUUCCUUUUGUUAAAGAACUGUUUGUAGGACGGUUUGAUAAGGAAAUGCUUCAUUACCCCGAGCUAGACAGUAGUGAGGAUGUGGAUCAUUUAAAUGAAUUGAUUGCACCAGUUGAAAAAUUCUUCACUGAAGCAGUGGACUCACAGAAGAUUGACCGGGAAGGAAAGAUUCCAGAAGAACUUAUUCGCCAGCUUGGAGAUUUAGGCUUGUUUGGUCAACAGAUUCCUCAUGAGUAUGGAGGAUUGGAGCUUGAUUCGACAGGUUAUGCACGAAUGGCAGAAGUAACAGCACUAGAUGCCGCGGUUGCUGUAACAUUUGCUGGACACCAAGCUAUUGGCCUUAAGGGGCUCCUAAUAGCUGGAACACCAGAACAGAAACAGCAAUACCUCCCCAAACUGGCGACUGGUGAACAUAUUGCUGCUUUCUGCCUCACAGAACCAACAAGUGGAAGUGAUGCAGCAUCCAUUCAGACAAGGGCCACUUUGUCAGAGGAUGGGAGAACUUUCUACCUCAACGGCGGCAAGAUAUGGAUAACAAACGGUGGCAUUGCUGACGUCUUUACUGUUUUUGCAAAGACUGUGGUCACUGAUGAAAAUGGCAAGACAGAGGACAAGGUGACAGCCUUCUUUGUGGAACGAGCAUUUGGUGGGGUUACGUCUGGUCAGCCAGAAGACAAGCUUGGUAUACGUGGAUCUAACACCUGUGAGGUCCACUUUGACAACACUCCAGUGCCCGUGGAAAAUGUCAUCGGUGAAGUUGGUGGGGGCUUUAAGAUUGCCAUGAACAUCCUGAAUGGGGGUAGAUUCAGCAUGGGAAGUUCAGGCGCAGGCAUGCUCAAGAGACUCAUUGGUUAUGCAGCUGAGCAUGCAAUAUCAAGAACACAGUUUGAACACAAGAUCAUGGAGUUUGGGCUUAUUAAGGAGAAAUUUGCAGAGAUGGCAGUGACAGCAUACGCGAUGGAGAGUAUGGCUUACUUGACAUCCCUGAAUCUCGACAUGUACGAGGAGCCCGACUUGUCUAUCGAGGCUGCUAUUGUUAAGGUGUUUAGUUCAGAGGGCUGUUGGAAUUGUGCCAGUGAGAGCUUACAGGUUCUUGGUGGCCUAGGAUACAUGAAGACCUAUCCUUAUGAACGCUACCUCAGGGAUGCCAGAAUACUUAUGAUCUUUGAGGGUACAAAUGAAAUACUGCGCCUGUUUAUUGCAUUGAACUGUCUGAAAUAUGCUGGAAAGGAACUCAAGGAAUACCAAAAGCUAUUACGUAAUCCACUAAACAACCCAAAGGUGGCGAUACAGUUUGUGAUGAAGAUGAUGGGUGAACGGCGUGGAAAGACACCCAAACUUACGAUGCGACUUUAUGAGAAUGUCCAUCCCACACUCAAGCCCCAAGCAGAUGAGCUCGAGACAGGGACCAUUUACCUUGAGAGGGCUGUACUAAAACUCCUCAGGCAGUAUGGCAAUGGCAUCAUUGAUGAACAGAUGCAGCUGAAGAGGCUUGCAGACAUGGCCAUUGAUCUAUACGCCCUAACAGCAUGCAUCGGUCGUACAUCACGCUCCCUCAGUCUUGGCUUGAAGAAUAAUGAACAUGAGAGAAAUCUUACAAAGUUAUUCUGUAUCCAGGCUUCUCAUAGAAUAUCGAACAACUUCAGGAACAUCAUGAUGGGUGACCAGCUGAAUGGGGAUGAUCUGAGGCGUGAUGUUGCAGAGGAUAUUUUCAAGCACCAUGGAUGGGCCGCGUCCCACCCCCUAGAUAUGAGUUAAACCAGAGGUAGUGGUGCUAUGCUUAAGUUUAUACUCACCUUCUGAGAUCUUGACAAGUACUUCUCUACAUCUGAGAGAGGCCUACAGACCAGGAAAAACUUGUGCAUAUUUGGCGAUGUUUACAUCUGUGCGAUAAUUGUUGUGUGAUUACUUUGAUAGUAAAGAGAAAGGUCAUAGUAACUUGUAGUUAAAUUAUAUAUGCCAGUUCUGACAUAAAGACAUGAUUUCAAUAAAUUUGAAAUACUAAGUAAUGUGCUAAAAUUUUGUUAUCAGAGAAUCUCACAUUUUUUUUACACAAUGUGUUUAUGUUGACAAAAAUUGUGAAUGACAAAUGAUUUAUGCAUGCACAUAUGAAUAUAUUCUUUGUAUUAAUUUAUCAAUAAAAUUUAAUAAUU